AUACUUACUCUCAUCCCGAAUCUCUGUUUUUAACCUUAUAAACAGUAGGCAAAGGCAGCAAACCAAUCUUUGUGUUAUUUGCUUCCAAGAACCCUACUCCUUCCCUUCAAGCUAUCUUUGAUAAUGGCUUCAACACAAGUUUCACAAGUUGCUGCUUCAUCCCUUCCCGUCAUUCCAACGGACACUGAAAACCGGCCCAAGGCCGACUUUCAUCCCGGCAUUUGGGGUGAUAUGUUCAUUCAAUGUCCCAAUAUGGAUAUUGAUGCUGCAACUGAAUUACAAUUCGAAGAAUUGAAAGAGCAAGUGAGGAAGAUGAUUGUGGGACCCGUUGAUGAUUUGAACCAAAAGCUGGCCUUCAUUGAUGCAGUUCAAAGAUUGGGUGUAAGUUAUCAUUUCGAGAAAGAGAUUGACGAUGAACUUGAGAAUAUUUACCAUGACAUGAAGAGCGAUGAUGUUGAGUAUGAUCUCUACACCACAGCUCUUCGAUUCCGAUUACUAAGACAACAUGGCUACCGUGUUUCCUGCGAGGCAUUCAACAUGUUCAAGGAUGUGGAAGGGAAUUUCAAGGCAUCACCGGCGAGUGAUGUGCGAGGAUUGUUGGAACUUUACGAAGCUUCCCAUAUGAGGAUCCAAGGGGAUGAUAUACUUGAGGAAGCCAUUUCUUUCACCAAAGCUCAACUUACCCUCUCAUUACCAGCAUUAGACCAUCUACUGUCGGAACAGGUCGAUCACGCCUUAAAGCAGUCGAUCCGAAGGGGGUUGCCGAGGGUUGAGGCCCGGAAAUUCAUUUCCGUAUAUGAAGACAUCGAAUCCCAUAACAAAGCACUGCUUCAGUUCGCAAAGAUUGAUUUCAACUUGCUGCAACUUUUGCAUAGGAAAGAGCUAAGUGAGAUCUGUAGGUGGUGGAAGGAUUUGGACUUUACAAGAAAGCUGCCAUUUGCAAGAGACAGAGUGGUGGAAGGGUAUUUUUGGAUUAUGGGAGUUUACUUUGAACCCCAAUACUCUCUUGGGAGAAAGUUUUUGACAAAAGUCAUAGCAAUGGCUUCCAUUGUGGAUGACACAUAUGAUUCAUUCGCAACAUAUGAUGAACUCAUUCCCUAUACAGAUGCAAUUGAAAGGUGGGAUCUUAAAUGCAUGGAUCAACUCCCGGAGUACAUGCAAAUAAGCUACAAGGCACUGUUGGACGUUUAUGAAGAAAUGGAACAAUUAUUGGUAGAUAAAGAGAGACAAUAUGGAGUCGAGUACGCUAAAAAAGCGAUGAUACGCCUUGCUCAAGCUUACCUUUUGGAGGCGAAAUGGACGCAUCUAAACUAUAAACCAACCUUCGAGGAGUUUAGGGAUAAUGCAUUGCCGACCUCGGGCUAUGCCAUGCUUGCCAUCACGGCGUUCGUCGGGAUGGGCGAUGUUAUAACCCCCGAGACCUUCAAAUGGGCAGCCAAUGACCCUAAGAUCAUCAAAGCCUCCACCAUUAUUUGCAGGUUCAUGGACGACAUUGCUGAACACAAGUUCAACCACAGGAGAGAAGACGAUUGCUCGGCCAUCGAGUGUUACAUGGAACAGUACGGCGUGACGGCACAAGAAGCAUACGAUGAAUUCAACAAACACAUCGAGAGUUCAUGGAAAGACGUAAACGAAGAGUUCUUGAAACCGACGGAAAUGCCGACACCGGUUCUUUCCCGGAGUCUCAACCUUGCGAGAGUUAUGGAUGUGCUUUACAGAGAAGGCGAUGGUUACACGCAUGUUGGGAAAGCUGCUAAAGGAGGGAUCACUUCUUUGUUGAUCGAUGCAAUCCCACUUUGAACAUUCAAAAUUUGACCUCUCUUCUCAAGAUGAUUUUCUACCAACUACUAUUCAUAAAGUUUGUACUGAACUGAAAAGAAAAGUCUAAAUUUAUAAUUUGUUUUUCUUU